GUGGGCAGUAGCGGCUUUGCGGCUGUGGCGAUCUUCCAUCUUCAUCGGCUAUUUGGGGCUACCGAAGCUGGAGAACGAAAGCAACGAUCUUCCAUCUUCAUACGUUCGUUCUUAAUCAUCAUGGCAUCGCCUAUUCCCCUUCAUCUGAAAUUCGGAAUCCUCAUUCGAUCGAUACAUUAUGGAGAGAUUUUUCAAAAGGAAAUUUUCAUCUUUACAAGAAAAUAAAAGUGAUAGUGGACCUUCAAAUGGAAGAAUAAAAUCAAUCUUAGACAAUGAAGACAUUAGAACCAUUGGAAAUCCCAGAUUGCUUCUACCCAACCAGCCCAACUUUGAUCCCUCCCACCACACCAACACCAUCUCACUCUCUUUACCUCUCCAACCUCGACGACCAGAGCUUCCACAGAUUCGCAAUCAAAUACAUCUACGCGUACCGCAAAUCAGUUGACAUUGAGAGGCUCAAGCUCUCCCUUGGACAAGUUUUGGUCGAAUAUUACCCGUUGGCCGGGAGGCUGAGGAGAGCAUGCAGCAGCCACUAUGAAGACAAAGAUGAUGAUGAUGAUGAUGAUGAUCAGAAGAACCAGAAGCUGGAGGUGGACUGCAAUGGUGAGGGAGCCGUUUUUGCUGAGGCUUUCGCGGAUUUUAGCGUUGAUGAGUUUGUUCAGGCCUCAUCAAAGCCAAACAGGUCUUGGAGGAAGCUCUUGUACAGAGUGGAAGGGGCAAACUCUUUCUUGGAGACUCCUCCUCUAGUAGUCCAGGUAACGAAACUACGGGACGGGGGAAUGAUCCUCUGCACAGGGAUCAGCCAUUGCCUGUGCGACGGGAUCGGGACGGCCCAGUUCUUGCAGGCCUGGGCUGGAUUCGCCAGAGGUGAGACGGAUUCACCAAUCAGGCCAUUCCACAGCCGGUGCAUGUUGAAGCCCAGCAUGCAGCCCAAAACAACGACAUCAUCUCACCCCGUCUUCGUAAAGGCUGCCCCGGAGAAGAGGUGCGAUCCCCAAUCAGCCCUCGACAUCUCCAAAUAUUUACAGUCCCAGCCACUCGCCCCUGCUUGCGUCACCUUCUCCCGGUCUCAGAUCCUCCGCCUCAAACGCCGCUGCCGCGUACAGUCCACCGGCUUCGAGGUUCUAGCGGCCCACACGUGGCGCUGCUGGGCGAAAUCGCUCGACCUGUCGCCGGCGAAGCUCCUCUUCUCCGUCAACGUCAGGAGACGGCUGAAUCCGGAAUUGCCGCCGGGGUACUACGGGAACGGGUACGUUUUGGGAUGCGCGGAGGCUCCGGCGAACGCAGAUCUUAACGACCUGGUGGCGUCGAUACAGCGCGCGAAGUCCGCGCUGACGGACGAUUACGUCAGGUCCGCCGUCGAUCUGCUGGAGGAUAAGUCGGCGAGGACGGAUCUGUCGUCGUGCCUGGUGAUUUCGCAGUGGUCGAAGCUAGGGUUAGAGGAAUUGGACGUGGGAGAAGGGAAGCCGCUGUGGAUGGGUCCUUUGACCAGCGACAUAUACUGCCUGUUUGUGCCGGUGAUGGGUGACUUGAACGGCGCUAGGGUUCUCGUCUCUCUGCCGCAACACAGUGUCGCUAAAUUCGAAUGUUACAUGAGGGAGUUUUUGGAGAUGAAACCCGAAUGAAAACGCCAUUGAAGUGGAAAGCAUGAAAUUGUUUUCACCUUUGACGAAUCUCUUUCUCCAUUUUCUCUUGUUGCCUUGUUGGGCUGCUCUGUGUAUGAAUCCUGACGUCCCCCGUUACCACUCCCUAGUCCCUCCUUUUUCUUGUUAGGGCAACUCACGAAAAUGAAAUUUGUAUUAUUAC